CUCUUGUUGUCUCAGUGGCCGUGUCGAUGGGUAGAGGCCACACACUACGCCACCUAAUCCAAGUGUGGGGAAAACCCCUAACCCGGCAGCAUGGCUCAGUUGGGUUGAACAUUCCCAGCAGGAUCCACGGACGGUCAUUCCACUGCUAAACUACUCACUUCCUCUUACCGCCACCACCAUCGAGCAAUCACCAUCCAUCACCGUCGUCAUCGUCACCGUCGUCACCGUCGUCCCUCUCACCCCCGCCAACUCAUCUCCAGAUUUACGCCCGAAAGGACCACUCGGACAACCAUGACUGGCAACUUAAACUCGAAAGAAAUCCCCAGUCCUGAGAUGUUGAGUAAAGCCGCGAAAGUGGAGCUAUGGAGCGAGGAAGGGAAGGAAGUCUCGUUUGAGAGUAUAUUUGAGGAACACAGGACGGUGGUUGUGUUUAUUCGUCAUUUCUUUUGCGGGCAAUAUACCAGUCAACUUGAAUCGGCCACAACUCCAGAAGGUCUCCAAGCUGCGAAUGCGAAGGUGGUAGUCAUAGGUUGCGGAGAGUGGAAGCUCAUAGGGAAUUACAAGGAUGUCACGAACUUCAAAGGCGAGAUGUACGCCGAUCCCGACAGGGCAUUGUACCACGCGCUCGGUAUGACGAUCGAGAACCUAAAGCAGACGCCAUCGAGGGAGAAAAAGAGGAGUUACCUGACGCAGUCAACUUGGGAGACUACGGUCGGUAGUAUUUGGCGCGCACUCCACAACCCGUCGCACAUCGGAAAGCAGGGAAAUUUCUCCCAACUGGGUGGAGAAUUCAUUCUUGGGCCGGGGUUGGAGUGUUCAUUUGCGUCGAGGAUGCAGCAUACUGAGGAUCGUACGUCGCUCCGACACAGCAAUAGCUCUCGAUCUUUUCAUUCAAUCUCGCAAUUUUGUAUCUGUGCACAGAUGUCGAGGUCGCUGAGCUACUUGACCGUGCAGGAAUCUAUUCCUCCAUGGUCUCGUAGUUCGAGGCGGAUUGAACGCCUCUCAGCCCAAUUGCCCGUCCUUCUACGGUAA